AGGUAGCAACAGUCUGAACAUUUAUGAUCCCUUCAGCUUUUGAGAUUGGCCGAGCACGAACCUCUCGUUUUUUUCCUGUAUUUCACACUUCAACUCAUUCACUCACUCUCACUCACAGUCGCCGCAUAAAUCCGACUCCGGAGAAACUUCCCCGUCAAAGCAAAACGAUGUCGUAUGUGCCUCCUCACCUGAGAAACUCAACCUCAACCACCACCACCACCACUACCACCGCCACCACCAGAACCUCCUCCGGAACCGACGCUGAUCGGAGCAAGCUCUCUUACUCCUCCUCCAACUUUCACUCCAACAACAACGACAAGUCGUCCGCUGCUUCAUUCUCCUCGUUCUCGCACUCCAAUGGCUCCCGGUGGAGUUCCGCCGCUCACUCGCCGGCCAACCGAGCUAUCUCCCCGCCCGACGCCGUCGUCCCUCAGUGGAAGCCGUCGGAACGGGUCCUCCGAAUGAAGCCGGAACUGAUUGAGGAGGUGUGUUUGCGGCUUAAUUUGGAUGUUUCUGUUAGUCCAGACUCUGCUCCUCCCCCGGCACCAAUUGAGUCUUUUACAGAUAUGUGUUUGCACCCUAGCAUUAUGAAGGAUAUAGCAUUUCAUGGAUACACUAUGCCAACACCAAUUCAAGCUCAAGCCAUGCCAGUUGCCCUCAGUGGAAGGGAUUUAUUAGGUUGCGCUGAAACUGGUAGUGGUAAAACAGCUGCAUUUGCCAUUCCUAUGAUACAGCAUUGUUUGGCUCAACCUCCCGUUCAGCGUGGUGAUGGACCACUAGCAUUGGUACUGGCCCCAACUAGAGAGCUUGCACAACAAAUAGAGGAAGAGGUCAAGGCUUUUAGUAAAUCUCUCGAGUCCUUCAAAACUGCAAUAGUUGUGGGUGGGACCAACAUAGCUGAGCAGAGAUCUGAGCUUCGAGCAGGAGUUAAUAUUGUGGUUGCUACUCCUGGAAGAUUCAUAGAUCAUUUACAGCAAGGGAACACUUCUGUGUCUAGAAUUUCGUUUGUUGUUCUAGAUGAAGCUGAUAGAAUGCUUGACAUGGGUUUUGAACCACAGAUAAGAGAGGUGAUGCGGAACCUUUCUGAAAAGCAUCAAACUUUGCUGUUUAGUGCAACUAUGCCUGAAGAGAUUGAAGGGUUAGCCCAGGAAUAUUUGACUAAUCCAGUGCAAGUGAAGGUGGGAAAAGUGAGUAGCCCUACAGCAAAUGUAACUCAGAGUUUGGAGAAGGUUCCUGACAGUGAGAAGACUGAUCGGCUUCUGGGUUUGCUCGUAGAGGAGUCAUCUCGAGCUGAAAGAGCUGGACAUCCAUUUCCCUUAACUAUUGUAUUUGUUGAAAGGAAGACACGCUGUGAUGAUGUAGCUGAAGCUUUGGUAGCACAAGGUUUGCAUGCAGUUGCUCUUCAUGGUGGACGUACUCAAACUGAAAGAGAGGCUGCUCUGCGUGAAUUUAGAAAAGGCACUACCAACAUCUUGGUUGCCACCGAUGUUGCAUCUCGUGGUUUGGACGUCUCAGGAGUUGCUCACGUUAUCAAUUUGGAUCUUCCGAAGAGCAUGGAAGAUUAUGUACACCGGAUUGGAAGGACUGGAAGAGCGGGAUCAAUGGGACAAGCUACUUCCUUCUACACUGAUCGUGAUAUGUUCCUUGUGGCGAAUAUAAAGAAAGCAAUAGCUGAUGUGGGAUCUGGGAAUGCUCUAGCUUUUGCUACGGGGAAGACUGCAAGAAGGAAAGAAAGAGAAGCAGCUGCUGCUCACAAGCAAGCUAGGGUUUCUCUAUCCAAGUCUUCAAGUAUGGGGCCCACAUCAAUAAACAUUGAGGACAAGUAUAAGUUCAUGGUUUCUGAACCGGACAAUCAAACAGAGGGUGCAGCAGAUAGUGCUUGGGACGACUAAUGAAGUCCACCUUUGGUGCAAUCAAGAUUGAUGCAUGGGGCCCCUAGGUUUUGAGAUCCAACAUUAAUUUGUAUAUAUGUGCCUAUUCUAUUUAUGCAUGCUUAUCCUGCAAGUAUGCUACAGUUUACUGAUCCAAGGAACAUUCAUCUGUAGCCAUUUGCUUCUAAUUGGUGCUCGGACUGCAAUUUGAAGACGAUUAGUUCCUUGUAAGUUGGCUUCUAGGAGCUGUUGCUUUACAUCAUCGAUGUACCUUGUAAGUUAGCUUUUUGGAGCUGUUGCUUUACAUCAUCGAUGUACCUAGUACCUGUGCCAAGGACUAACGUGGUCGAUACUUUUAGAGAUUGUAGGGUUGGCUUGUAGGAGUCUGGCAUUGUAUAUCUUAAAAAUGGAAGUUCACUUGGGAUGUUUGUACUCUGUAGUGCAAUGAAAUAUUUGGCCCAAUAAUGGGUUUGCUAAAGGCAUGUGAUUUCACAGUUUCUCAUCA